GGCCCUCCUUCCUUCUCCUUACACCACUCUUUCUUGUUGAAAUUUUCAAGAACAAAAAUUCAGAUUUCUUGCGAAACUUUAUAGUAAGAAUUAAGAUAUUGGUGUGUUUCUGGGGCCUCAUCCAAACAGGGAAUUAAUUGCCACUUUGCUUCAAGAACCCUUCUUUAAUUAGUUGCACAGACCAAAUGAUUAUGGCCCAGAAAUUUUUCGUUCCCGGCGGGGUCAAAAAUGGAGAGAAUGGGAAAUUCAAGUUGGUAAAGACAAUGAACCUGGACAGGUUUUUGUGGUAUUGAACAAGUACUGGAUUGUCAUCAUUUGUUCUUGAUCACCUUUCUUGGGCUUGAUUGAUCAGUUUAUUCCACACCUGGACCAUUGGCUGUGCGGGUCGAAAGUCGUCCUCAUAAAUUGAUGGGAGGUCACACUGAAGAGGCAGUCGAAAUGAAAGAGAUUGAUAUGAGAAGUUUGUCGUUUUCUCGUCAUCAUAAUUUCCCGUACAAAGUAGGCGUUCCUCCAAAGCAAAAGUUUUGGACGGAAUUUGCUGCUGCGGUGAAGGAAACUUUCUUUCCAGACGAUCCUUUGCGGUCCUUUAAGGAUCAAUCAAGGUCUCGGCAGUUCGUUCUGGGAAUGCAAGCCGCUUUUCCCAUUUUUGAAUGGGGUAGAAGAUACAAUUUCGAUAAAUUUAAAGGGGAUCUUAUUGCUGGGCUCACCAUUGCCAGUCUGUGCAUUCCUCAGGACAUUGGCUACUCGAAGCUCGCAAAUUUGUCUCCCCAAUAUGGUUUAUAUUCGAGCUUUGUCCCACCUUUGGUUUACGCAUUCAUGGGAAGUUCAAGAGAUAUAGCCAUAGGACCAGUUGCUGUUGUAUCCCUGCUGCUGGGAACUUUACUACAAAACGAGAUUGAUCCAGAAAAAAAUGUUGUCGAAUACCGGAGGCUUGCGUUUACUGCAACCUUUUUUGCUGGCAUAACACAAGCUACCCUUGUAGUUCAACAGUUAUGUUGGUGUGACAGAUUUGGGUUCUUAAUUGAUUUCCUGUCUCAUGCGGCCGUUGUUGGCUUCAUGGCUGGUGCUGCCAUAACAAUCGCACUCCAACAACUCAAGGGUUUCUUAGGCAUUAAAAAGUUUACAAGGAGCACUGACGCCAUUUCCGUUAUGCACUCCGUUUUCAGUUCGGCCAAUCAUGGAUGGAAUUGGCAGACAAUAGUGAUUGGAGCAACAUUUCUGGCGUUUCUUCUAUUCGCCAAGUACAUUGGGAAGAAGAACAAUAAGUUGUUUUGGGUACCUGCAAUUGCUCCGCUCAUAUCUGUCGUUCUGUCCACCGUCUUCGUUUACAUUACCCAUGCAGAGAAAAAAGGAGUAGCAAUUGUGAAACACAUCGAAAAAGGUAUUAAUCCCCCAUCAGCGAAAGAGAUAUAUUUUACUGGGCAUUAUCUCUUGAAAGGUGUUCGAAUCGGGAUAGUGGCUGGCAUUAUUGCAUUGACGGAAGCUGUUGCAAUAGGAAGAACAUUUGCUGCUAUGAAAGAUUAUCAAAUAGACGGAAACAAAGAAAUGGUUGCUCUUGGAGCAAUGAACAUCGCUGGUUCGAUGACAUCUUGCUACGUAGCUACAGGUUCCUUCUCCCGCUCGGCCGUAAAUUACAUGGCUGGCUGCCAAACGGCGGUUUCUAACAUCGUGAUGUCCGUCGUCGUAUUCUUAACAUUACAAUUCAUCACGCCUCUUUUCGAGUAUACCCCAAAUGCAAUCCUCUCCUCCAUAAUUAUCUCAGCUGUCAUUGGCCUGAUUGACUAUGACGCAGCAAUCCUCAUCUGGAAGAUCGAUAAAUUCGACUUCAUAGCUUGCAUGGGAGCCUUUCUAGGCGUGGUUUUCGCCUCUGUGGAAAUCGGCCUCUUGAUCGCUGUCUCAAUAUCUUUCGCUAAGCUACUCUUACAAGUAACAAGACCGAGGACGGCCCUUCUUGGAAAAAUUCCAAGAACGAAUGUUUAUCGGAACAUCCAACAGUAUCCAGAGGCCAGUAAGGUUCCAGGAGUUCUAAUCAUAAGGGUCGACUCAGCAAUUUACUUCUCAAACUCUAACUACGUUAAGGAGAGGAUACUGAGGUGGCUAACCGAUGAGGAAGAGCGAGUGAAAGCCGGUGGUCUCCUCAGCAUUCAAUUUUUGAUCGUUGAAAUGUCACCCGUUACCGACAUCGACACUAGUGGCAUCCAUGCAUUAGAAGAACUGUUCAGAAGUCUCGAAAAGAGAGAUGUUCAGCUCGUUCUCGCGAAUCCAGGGCCAGUGGUGAUCGACAAGUUGCAUGCAUCAAAGUUCACGACUUUGAUAGGCGAAGACAAGAUUUUUCUUACAGUGGCCGAUGCCAUUCAGACGUGUUCGCCAAAAUUUGUUGAAGAGGUUUGAAAUGCGUAAAAGAAGGGAGUUAGCAGAAAAUGAGACUGUUACAAUGUAGGAGAAUCAAGUGACUUCGAUGUUAUAUAUCAGUCCUUUCGGACAUGCAGUUUGUUGGGUGGGUGCCUCGUAUUUCAGAGAACCCUAUUUGACUAUUGCAGCGGCGCGGAGUACAAAACUCCUUAGAUACAAUUACUUAUUACGAAUAUCUCAAAGAAUAAAUAUAAUGAAAAGACUAGAGAUUAAAACAAAUUCAAUAUAUAUUGAAGAUAGGCUCAGAUUUGUCAGAUCGAGUAGAACUCAAUCACUAAGCAUCGGUUUUUACGAUCACCACGACCCACGGUUGCUCCACCCAAGAAAGAACACCACCAAGGUUCCGAUCACUAAGAACACACUAACUCACGGUCACUAAGACCAAAAGAAGGUUUCGCACAAAACAAAGAAGGUUUCGCACAAAGCUGUUUUGCUAAGGAGGAGCAAGAAUCAGUAUUCCAUUGUUUCAGCCGAAAUGGGUCAAGUCCUUUAAUAGGGGAAAGGAUGGUAAGACUCCAUGUUUACCAGUACUCAAAUAUCAAAGAUUUAAGCAAUAGGGGAACUAGAGAGAGAUGGUUGUGUAGAGAUAAGAGAGAAGAGAGACGUGAGAAAUAGAUUUAGGAUUCUGAUUUAGUAUGAAUCCGAACUGGGUCGGGUCAAGUGGGUGGGUGGGUCGUCUAGUGGCUCGGGUUCUAGGCCUUUUAAUAGGAUCUUGGGCCAUAUUUCACAACAUGCUCCCCCUUAGACCAAGUCCUUAUUAAAAGGAGCAGUGUCCGGAACGUUACGCUGGAUCUAGUUUUUUUAUCACUGCCUAGGGGCUCACUCCAGUGUACCUGCAAAAUAAAGAUGUUAGUAACAUGAUAUCUAAAGCACACAGCUCGAUUAGCAUUAAGCACUUUUAACAAUUUGCACACAACAAUUAACACUAAGUUAAUUUUCAAACAAAGGCUAUAGCAUAUUGCCACCGAGGCUCAUUCACAAUGAAUCAUCUUGCCACAAAAGGCUCAACAAAUCACUUAGGUUCAACCGGUCAUAUUUCACGAAGACUCAAUUAGCCACUUAAGCAAAUUCACGCCAUCAAGGCACACAAAGAACUCAACGGGCCACUUAGGCAUUCACAUACGACCACUAAAGCACAAUCACAUAGCCACAUAGGCAAAAUUGAACAUCCACAUAGGCUUAAUUUUUAAAACACUUAGCCACUUAGGCUCAAGACACAAAGUUUUACUAUAUUCACAAGGGAACAUUGCACUUAGCACAAAGCAAUCACAAGAAUUAUGAAUUGAUACAAAAUUAAUAAACUGUUAAUUCUUCUUCUUCAAUCACUACAUUUGUUUCUUCCUUUUAUUAAACCAUUUUGGUCUUUUACAAUCUUUUAUAAAAUGACCCUUUUUGCCACAAUUGUAGCAUCUCCUAUCUUUAUCUCUAGCUUCUUCUUCGUUGUCAUUAGACUCGGAGCUAUUGUGUUUUUUAUUCCUUUCUUUGCUAUAUCUUCUAUGAAAGGAAUUUCUAUAU